AUCUCCAACGGCUUCACCGCAGCAGGGCAAGAACUAGCUAGAAACUGAAAAGUGAAAAGACGAGGGAGUGAAAACUUGAACCAGAGAGAGAAGCAGACAAAGGGUUUCAGAGCCUUGGAGCUCGAUUUUGAAGAGGAGAUCUUCGGGCGGGAGAGAUGAGUAUCUGGAAUUACGUAGUCACGGCUCACAAGCCCACCAAUGUAACCCAUUCGUGUGUGGGGAAUUUCACAAGUCCGCAGGAGCUCAACCUCAUUAUAGCGAAAUGCACGCGUAUUGAGAUUCAUUUGCUUACUCCACUGGGUUUACAGCCAAUGUUGGAUGUGCCAAUAUAUGGAAGAAUUGCGACACUUGAGCUUUUUCGACCGCAUGGUGAAGUGCAGGAUUUCCUAUUUAUAGCUACAGAGAGAUACAAAUUCUGUGUUCUUCAAUGGGAUACAGACACAUCUGAGCUCAUAACAAGAGCAAUGGGUGAUGUUUCAGAUCGCAUAGGUCGCCCAACAGACAAUGGCCAGAUUGGCAUAAUUGAUCCUGAUUGUAGAUUAAUCGGUCUCCAUCUUUAUGAUGGCUUGUUCAAGGUUAUACCGUUUGAUAAUAAAGGACAGCUUAAGGAAGCAUUUAAUAUUAGGCUUGAAGAGCUUCAAGUUUUGGAUAUCAAGUUCCUCUAUGGUUGUUCAAAACCUACAAUUGUUGUUCUGUAUCAGGAUAACAAAGAUGCAAGGCACGUUAAAACAUAUGAGGUUGCACUCAAGGAUAAAGAUUUUGUUGAGGGCCCAUGGUCACAGAAUAAUCUGGACAAUGGAGCUGGUCUUCUAAUACCUGUUCCAAUGCCUCUGGGUGGUGUUAUUAUUAUUGGAGAAGAAACUAUUGUGUACUGUAGUGCCUCUGCAUUCAAAGCAAUACCAACUAGACCGUCAAUCACAAGGGCCUAUGGGAGGGUUGAUGCUGAUGGUUCACGAUACUUGCUUAGUGAUCAUGCAGGAUUGCUUCACUUACUUGUGAUCACCCAUGAGAGAGAAAGGGUUACUGGACUUAAGAUCGAGCUCUUGGGAGAGACUUCAAUUGCAUCGACGAUAUCGUAUCUUGAUAAUGCAUUUGUCUAUGUUGGUUCGAGCUAUGGAGAUUCUCAGCUCAUAAAGCUAAAUCUCCAACCUGAUGCAAAAGGUUCAUAUGUAGAAGUGUUAGAAAGAUAUGUGAAUUUGGGGCCUAUUGUGGACUUUUGUGUGGUUGACCUUGAGAGGCAAGGCCAAGGUCAGGUGGUAACUUGCUCAGGAGCUUAUAAAGAUGGUUCUCUUCGCAUUGUUAGAAAUGGCAUAGGAAUUAAUGAACAGGCAUCAGUAGAGCUUCAAGGUAUCAAAGGAAUGUGGUCUUUAAGAUCAUCUACCGAUGAUCCUUAUGACACCUUCUUGGUUGUAAGCUUUAUUAGUGAGACUCGAAUUUUGGCAAUGAAUGCUGAUGACGAGUUAGAAGAAACUGAGAUAGAAGGAUUCUAUUCUCAAGCACAGACUUUGUUCUGCCAUGAUGCUGUACACAAUCAGCUUGUACAAGUAACUGCAAACUCUGUACGGCUGGUCAGUUCUACAUCUCGAGAGUUACUUCAUGAAUGGACAGCCCCUUCAGGAUUUUCAGUGAACGUUGCUACAGCUAAUGCUACUCAGGUUUUGUUGGCAACUGGGGGUGGCCAUCUAGUUUAUCUUGAAAUUGGUGAUGGGAUAUUGACACAAGUAAAAUAUACACAGUUGGAAUAUGAGAUAUCAUGCCUCGACAUAAAUCCCAUUGGUGAAAACACUAACCAUAGUCAGUUAGCUGCAGUUGGAAUGUGGACGGAUAUAAGUGUGAGGAUAUAUUCUCUUCCUGGCCUGGAUCUUGUCACAAAGGAACAUUUGGGAGGGGAGAUAAUUCCUCGUUCUGUUCUUUUGUGUUCCUUUGAAGGGGUAUCUUACUUGUUAUGUGCCCUUGGAGAUGGACAUCUCUUCAAUUUUUUGUUGAACAUGAAUACUGGUGAAUUGACGGAUAGGAAAAAGGUUUCUCUUGGUACACAGCCUAUAACGCUUCGCACCUUCUCCUCCAAGAGUACAACCCAUGUAUUCGCUGCAUCAGAUAGGCCGACUGUCAUCUACAGCAGUAACAAAAAGUUACUCUACAGCAAUGUGAAUUUGAAAGAAGUCAGCCACAUGUGCCCUUUCAACUCUGCUGCUUUUCCAGACAGCCUUGCAAUCGCAAAAGAAGGUGAACUUACAAUUGGAACUAUUGACGAUAUCCAGAAGCUUCACAUCCGUUCAAUUCCACUAGGAGAGCAUGCACGCCGUAUCUGUCAUCAGGAGCAGACUCGGACCUUUGCAAUCUGUAGUGUGAGGUAUAGCCAGUCGAGUUCAGAAGAAUCUGAAAUGCAUUGUGUCCGCUUGUUAGACGAUCAAACCUUCGAGUUCAUUUCGAUGUAUCCACUUGAUACAUAUGAAUAUGGUUGCUCCAUCCUCAGCUGUUCCUUUGCAGAUGAUAGCAAUGUGUAUUACUGUGUAGGAACUGCCUAUGUAAUUCCUGAAGAAAAUGAGCCCUCCAAGGGACGGAUACUGGUCUUCGUAGUUGAAGAUGGGAAGUUGCAGUUAAUUGCGGAAAAGGAAACCAAAGGUGCAGUUUACUCUCUGAAUUCCUUCAAUGGGAAACUUCUUGCAGCCAUCAAUCAAAAGAUUCAGUUGUACAAGUGGAUGCUACGAGAUGAUGGUUCACGUGAGUUGCAGUCAGAAUGUGGACACCAUGGUCAUAUACUUGCCCUCUUUGUUCAGACCCGUGGGGAUUUCAUUGUUGUUGGUGAUCUAAUGAAAUCAAUCUCUUUGCUAAUAUAUAAGCACGAGGAGGGCGCAAUUGAGGAACGGGCACGUGACUACAACGCUAACUGGAUGUCAGCCGUUGAGAUUCUUGAUGAUGACAUUUAUCUUGGUGCAGAAAAUAACUUCAACCUAUUCACUGUCAGAAAAAAUAGUGAAGGUACCACCGAUGAGGAGCGGGGCCGACUUGAGGUGGUUGGGGAGUUCCACCUUGGUGAGUUUGUCAAUCAUUUCAGGCAUGGUUCCCUUGUCAUGCGCCUUCCAGAUUCCGAUGUGGGGCAGAUUCCGACAGUCAUAUUUGGUACUAUUAAUGGUGUGAUUGGGGUCAUUGCGUCACUUCCCCAUGACCAGUAUGUCUUUUUGGAGAAGCUCCAGUUGAACCUAGUGAAGGUCAUAAAGGGUGUGGGAGGACUGAGUCAUGAACAGUGGAGAUCAUUCAACAAUGAGAAAAGGACGGCAGAUGCAAAAAAUUUCCUGGAUGGUGAUCUAAUUGAGUCAUUCCUCGAUCUCAGUAGGGGUCGGAUGGAGGAGAUCUCAAAAUCAAUGGCUGUUUCAGUGGAAGAGCUCUGCAAGAGAGUGGAGGAGUUGACAAGGUUGCAUUGAGUUCAUGGAUCAAGGUUGCAGUAUGGUCAGGGGAUCUCAGGUUUCCUUCCCUUUGUACGAAUGUAACUGUAAUGUUCUCCCUUCUUUUUUUUUUUCUUUUCUUUUUGAAAUA